GUUUACGGAGCAGAUUUCCCAUUCUUCGUCCCCUCGCUAGCACCGUGGGCGAGAGCGAGCGGGCGGAGGAUACAGAAUCCGAUGAAGAACAUAUUUCGGAAGCUUCACAUCGACACGCCCCCGCCGUCUCCGCCGGAAGGGGUAUCGGUUGCUGCAUCUGUGGAGCGGGUAGAUUACUUUUCAACUGAGGAGGAGUUCCAGGUGCAGCUAGCACUCGCGAUUAGCGCGUCUAAUUCGGAGUUCAGGGAUGAUCCAGACAGUGAUCAGAUCCGCAUCGCGACGCUGUUGAGCUUGGGAACCAGCAGAGGUGAUGAAGGGUUGAGGGAGGAGGAACCGGCCGAGUCCCUGGCCCGGCGGUAUUGGGACUACAAUGUGCUAGAUUAUGACGAGAAAGUUGUGGAUGGCUUCUAUGAUAUAUUUGGGCUUUCCACUAAUCUGAACCGUGGGAAGAUGCCGUCCCUUCAUGAUCUCCAAACAAGUAUUGGGGAUCUUGGCUUUGAAGUUAUUAUAGUAAAUCGUGCGAUUGAUACCGCUCUGGUUGAGUUGGAACAAGUUGCUCAUUGCAUUGCUUUGGAUGUCCCUGCCACUGAGGUUAUGCUUUUGGUUCAAAGAAUUUCUGAACUUGUUUCCCAGAACAUGGGUGGUCCUGUAAAGGAUGCAAACGACAUACUAGCUCGUUGGAUUGAAAAAAGUUCAGAGUUAAGGACGUCACUCCAGACAAGCUUAUUACCCAUUAGCUUCAUAGAUGUAGGUCUCUCUCGCCAUCGUGCCCUUCUUUUCAAGGUUCUGGCUGAUAAUAUUGGCAUUUCUUGCAAGCUUGUCAAAGGAAGUCAUUACACAGGAGUUGAUGAAGAUGCUGUCAACAUAAUAAAGUUUGGUGAUAAUAGGGAGUUUUUGGUAGAUCUUAUGGCUGCCCCAGGGACCCUUAUUCCAGCAGAUAUGCUGAGUACAAAGGAUACUACUUUGAUUUCCUGUAGUCCACUGCUGAAUGAAAACAUACUUGGUACUGCAAUAGAUCAUUCGGGUGAUGAUUUUCGGGUAGGUAAAAAUAAAUAUUUCAACUUGGAUGGUGAUACGAUGCUUGGUACAAGGGCAAGCACUGAAAAAGCAGUGUUGCUACCAUCUGUUCUGGGAGAAUCAUCAAGUACUGUCAGCAGUUCAAGUGUAAAUCCUGAAAGUUUUUAUUUGCAGGUAUUGUCAAAUCAGUUGUCAUCUUCUAUUAGUGAAGCUUCGAAGCUGGAUCGUUACAAAGUUCCUGAAUUUGCUUUUAUGAAAGAAAAGCUGAAAGAAGGAACUUCAGGAGAUGCCUUAGACUUGGGAAAUCUUUUUGCUGACCUUAAUCCGUUCCAAGCUCUUGGAGUUGGAAAAUAUUCUUCAGCAUUUGAAGCUGAUGAUAAUAAAACUAAUGAAUAUCUGAAGCCCAGAGAAUCUGUUGCUUCAGGUCCUGAAAGACCACAGCAUCAGUCACCUCUAGUUCGUAAAAAUCAUGCCCCAUGCAAUGACAUCUCAAACUUGAAGCAUUUCAACAUUUCUGUGGGACUUCCAAGGAAAAAAAAUCUUGGAUUCAGAGAUCUUAAUUCAUCUCAUUAUACUUCCUCUGCAACUGGAAGCUCUUUGGCCAACCCUUUUAAUUGUUCUGGUAUCGCAUGCUCAGUCAGACCUGAUGAUACUUCUUCUAGAAAUCCUGAUUGUUCUUCUGGAGCUAUUAACAACUCAGAAUUUGUACAGAACUGUAAAAUAGCGAUUGGCGGUUUUGAUUCCCCAGCAGAUGAAGUACUUAUUCCGAUUCAGUUUAAAGAACAUGGUUUUGCUUUUCAUAACAAUACGAUUCAUAAAUACAAGGAGCGUGAUACAAAUAUUUAUGAACACAAGGAGGGUGACAAAAACAUUAAUGCUAAUCGUGAUAGGAAAAGGCUUUUACAUGAUAAAUUUCUGGACAGGAAUAUGGCAUCAGGGGAUGCAAAUCAAUCAUCACCUAGCGCACAUGACAAAUUUAUUGGGAAUGAUGAGGGAUCGCGUGAUACAAAUCCAUCACCAUCUUUGUCUCUAUCCAGACCAAACAGGAUUGAUCCAAUGCUUGAUGAUGUGGCUGAAUGGGAACUUCCAUGGGAAGAUCUUAUAAUUGGUGAAAGAAUUGGAUUAGGUUCAUAUGGCGAAGUCUACUGUGCUGAUUGGAAUGGCACGGAAGUAGCUGUUAAAAAGUUCCUAGACCAAGAUUUUUAUGGUGAUGCUUUGGAUGAGUUUCGAAGUGAAGUGCGGAUAAUGCGUAGAUUGCGUCACCCUAAUGUUGUUCUUUUUAUGGGUGCUGUUACACGACCUCCUAAUCUAUCAAUUGUCUCUGAGUUUCUUCCUAGAGGAAGCUUGUACAAGAUUCUACAUCGUCCUAAUUGCCAAAUUGACGAGAAGAGGAGGAUCAAAAUGGCUCUUGAUGUUGCAAAAGGAAUGAAUUGCUUGCAUACUAGUGCUCCAACAAUUGUUCAUCGGGAUCUCAAAUCACCAAAUCUUUUAGUAGACAAUAACUGGACUGUUAAGAUGUGACAUCUAUAGUUUCGGAGUCAUCUUAUGGGAGCUUGCAACGCUCAGAAUGCCUUGGAGAGGGAUGAAUCCAAUGCAGGUUGUAGGUGCAGUAGGAUUCCAGCAACGGAGACUUGAGAUUCCCAAGGAAGUUGACCCCCUGGUUGGAAGGAUUAUCUGGGAGUGUUGGCAAACGGAUCCAAGCCUGCGUCCUUCUUUUGCACAACUAACAACUGCUUUGAAGUCAUUACAGCGGUUAGUUAUCCCCUUGCACCACGACCCACACAUCGCAUCGGUUCCGGUACAAAUUCCUGUGAAUUCAACACCAUGAUUUCUUUCUCGUAAAUGUGAAUAUGCAAAAUCAUUUUAUACUUGAAUAUAUAGUUUGUGAAUUACUGAAUAAUAAUAAGCUGAUAUUUGGCGAGCUUCGGAUAAGUUCCAGGCAUCCAAUUUUCUCUUUACUGGUGCAGCUAAGGUAACUGCGGCAGUGGCUAUAGAGUGAGAUUGGGCUGUCACUGGUUUUAAUUGUAAAGUUUGUAUACUAUUCUCCAAUAUUUCCUUAUUUUCUUUCUCCUUUCUUUUUCUUUGUUUUUAUGCUUUGCUGGAAAACUGGCAAGCUAUUGUGAGAAGCCUUAUAGUGAUGGAAACAGAAUGUUUCCGUUCGGUUUAUGAUAUUGAUUCAAUUGUAAUUUAUAUACUUGACUUGCUUUUCUUAUUGAACGUUAUACCAGGAAUGAAACUGCUUUCUAUUUUUUUAUUACAAAGAAUGUUUAAUCUAAUUGACA